GGCGCGAAAGAUCAGUAUUGUGUUUCGGAAGACAGGCGGAGCGGUGAACCUCAUCUCCUGAACAUUACUGAAUAUCCUCCACAUUUAGUACCGAAUAACAACUUUAAGGACCGUUAUUAUCAUGAAUAACGAGGGUAUUAACGAGGCGGAGAUGCGGGAGGCGCAGAGGGAGUAUCUGGACUUCCUGGACGACGAUCAGGACCAGGGCGUGUACCAGACCAAGGUCCGGGACAUGAUCAGCGACAACAGGUCCCGCCUCCUGGUCAACAUCAACGACCUGCGGCGACGCAACGAGACACGCGCCGCAAAGUUGAUGAGCAACGCCUUCGAGGAGCUGCUGUCGUUCCAGCGGGCGCUGAAGGACAUGGUGGCCUCGGUGGACGCCACCUACGCCAAGCAGCACGAGGAGUUCUUCAUCGGGCUGGAGGGAAGCUUCGGCGCCAAGCACGUCACCCCGCGAUCCCUGACGGCUCGCCUGCUGGGGGGCAUGGUGUGUGUGGAGGGCAUCAUCACCAAGUGUUCUCUGGUCCGGCCCAAGGUGGUGCGUAGCGUCCAUUACUGCCCCGCCACCAAGAAGACGUCUGAGAGGAAGUACACAGACAUGACCUCCCUGGAGGCCUUCCCCUCCUCCUCCAUCUACCCCACCAAGGACGAGGAGAACAACCCCCUGGAGACGGAGUUCGGGCUGUCGGCGUACAAGGACCACCAGACGGUGACGGUGCAGGAGAUGCCGGAGAAGGCCCCGGCCGGCCAGCUGCCGCGCAGCCUGGACAUCAUCCUGGACAACGACCUGGUGGACGGGGCCAAGCCGGGGGACCGCGUGCAGGUCAUAGGCACCUACCGCUGCCUGCCUGCCAAGGCCGGGGGCUACACCUCCGGCACCUUCAGGACCAUCAUGAUAGCGUGCCAGGUGAAGCAGGUGAGUAAGGAAGUCUCCCCCGUCUUCUCCGCCCCCGAUGUUGCCAAGAUCCGUCGCUUCAGCCAGACCAACUCCAAGGACAUGUUCGACCAGCUGUCGCGCUCGCUGGCGCCCAGCAUCCACGGCCACGCCUACAUCAAGAAGGCCAUCCUCUGCAUGCUGCUGGGCGGCGUGGAGAAGCUCCUGGACAACGGCUCGCGCAUCCGCGGGGACAUCAACGUCCUGCUCAUCGGGGACCCCUCGGUGGCUAAGUCCCAGCUGCUGCGCUACGUUCUGGGCACGGCCCCCCGGGCCAUCGCCACCACGGGGAGGGGCUCCUCGGGGGUGGGGCUGACCGCCGCCGUCACCACCGACCAGGAGACCGGCGAGCGCCGUCUGGAGGCGGGGGCCAUGGUGCUGGCGGACCGCGGCGUGGUCUGCAUCGACGAGUUCGACAAGAUGUCGGACAUGGACCGCACGGCCAUCCACGAGGUGAUGGAGCAGGGCCGCGUCACCAUCGCCAAGGCCGGCAUCCACGCCCGCCUCAACGCACGCUGCUCCGUGCUCGCCGCCGCCAACCCCGUCUACGGCCGGUACGACCAGUACAAGACCCCCAUGGAGAACAUCGGGCUGCAGGACUCGCUGCUGUCCCGCUUCGACCUGCUCUUCAUCAUGCUGGACGUCAUGGACCCCGAGCACGACCGGCAGAUCUCUGACCACGUGCUGCGCAUGCACCGCUACCGCGACUCGCGCCAGCAGGAGGGCUCAGCGCUGGCGCUAGGCGGCGCGGUGGACGUGCUAGCGACGGAGGACCCCGACGCGGUGGAGGAGGAGCAGGAGGACCUCCAGAUCUACGAGAAACACAACCAGCUGCUGCACGGGAGCAGGAGGCGCAGGGACAAGGUGAUCAGUAAGGAGUUCAUGAGGAAGUACAUCCACUUCGCUAAGGCCGUGACCCCCGUGCUCACGCAGCCGGCGGCCAAUCACAUCGCAGAGGAGUACUCCCGCCUCCGCAGCCAGGAGCAGAUGGCAGCCGACAUCGCCAGGACGUCCCCGGUGACGGCCCGGACCCUGGAGACGCUGAUCCGCCUGGCCACCGCCCACGCCAAGGCCCGCAUGAGCAAGGCUGUGGAGCUGGAGGACUCGGAGGUGGCCGUGGAGCUCGUCCAGUUCGCCUACUUCAAGAAGGUGUUGGAGAAGGAGCGCAAACGGUCGAGGAAGGAUGAUGACUCCGCCUCCGACGAGGAAGAGGAAGUGAGGAGCUCCCAGGCCACGCCCCACUCAGCGAAGAAGAGGGGGCGCCGUGGGUCCCAGGGCAGCGAGCCCUACAGCCCCUUCGACUUCAGCGCCGAGCACGACGUCCCAGAUAUCCAGGCUGGGACCCCCAAACCGGCCAAGGCCGCGCAGGUAGAGGUGGAGGCCAUGGACGAUGAGGUGGUGCCCCCCUCCCAGGAGGGCCAGAGCCCCAUCUCUGCAGACCGGCUGAAGGCCUUCAAGGCGCGGCUCUUCUCGGUGUUCCAGGAGAGCCACGCCCAGUCGGUGGGGAUGGUCUCUCUGCUGCAGGGCGUCAACAAGGAGCAGGCGGCGGCGUUCUCCGACGCUGAGGUCCGCGCCGCUCUCUCACGCAUGCAGGACGACAACCAGGUGAUGGUGGCCGACGACAUCAUCUUCCUCAUCUGAGGAGGGGGAGGAGGAGGAGGAGCCACUCGCCUUCUUUCAAAAUUACUUUGAAUCAAAAAACGGACUUGGUGGAGAAAUACGUGUCCACAAUUUCUAAUAUGGAGAAUCUGUUUUAUUUCUGUUUCUUACGUUGAAAAGCGGGCUUUUAAUUUGAAAUUUGAGCUUUUAGGGAGACUGAGAAGGAGGUUUUUAUUUUGAAGCCUUUCAUCCUUGUUUUCGUGGAAACGGGAGUGGGGAGGUGGCUGUUGUUACGCCAGGUGACAGACAGGAGGCGGAGUCUUGGCCCCCGUCCAACAGUUGCUCAGAGAACUGUGUGUCAUCGUUAUCCUUCAGGCCUUCUGAUUGGCUGUCUCCUAACGAGGGAACUCUAAUUGGAGUUAAACGCCACAAACUGAUUGAUUUCUGUUGUUGUUGACCGUAGACAUCCAAGAAUAAUCCCGACAAUAUUUGUGUUAUCGGAGAGUUUUGUGUAAAUAUAUGACUUUAUAUGACUUUGAAGUGAAAUGGUUCGUUAGUGUUGUACCCUGAACAGGAGAUAAAAAAACAUAACACAA